GGAUAAUUUACAUGUGAUUAUAAUCGAAUUCAAGAAUUCUAAAUAUAUGGUUUUAUUUUUUCAAGCUAUCAUAACAGUACAACCACAGAAAGCCAGGGCCCAACUACAUCAACACCUAGUAAAGGUCAAGGUGCUCUACGACAUCCUAUGACAACUAGAGAAGAAUCUGCCUGUGACGAUUUUCUAUUUGGAGCUGAGGAUCAAUCUUUGAGGUCUAUGGAAGACAGUAUGAAUUCCAUGAUACUUGUGGAUGGCUCUGUAGUAGUGGAUGAACAACAGGCUAACAGCCUUCAGAACAGUGUAAUUGAAUUGACAGACAAAAUGGCCUCAGAAUUUUCUGAUGUUGACUAUGUCCCACCAAUAUGUGUGCGAGCAGCUAGUGCAUUACAGAAUGUCAUUGACAGACUCCCCAUUAUUGGUCUUGGGGAAUCUGUACUAGACAUACAUGACCGUGGAGAUGCGCCAGGCAAUGAGCCAGAUGUUCCGGAUAACCCAGAGCAGCUACCAGCCUCUAACAUGCCCACCUUCCCCGGCCCAGAGACAGUCAGUUCUGAAGAUGACCUCAUUGACAAGCCUGCUUGCAUCACUUAUAAUAGCAGCUUAAUGCAACUGGCCACUUUCCUCCAGCUGCCCAUCAAGAAGUGCUUUUACAUUGACCACCGCACAGGUAGUGAAUGUAACGGCAUUCCACCUUUCCAGGUGAAACUUCAUUCAAGGGGUACUGCGGCCGUUGUAGAGUGGUUGUGUUCAAAUGGGCAUAAUCUCUGGAAGUGGUACAGCCAGCCACUCCUGAAGUAUGGAAUGCAAAGAGGGGACUUCAUGUUGUCUACAAACAUACUGCUUUCUGGAAAUAACUUCUCAAAGGUUGCCCUCCUUUUCCGAUUUAUGAAUAUGGGAAUGGUGGCACCCUCAACAUUCUACGCGUUGCAGGACACGUACUGUGUGGAUGCUAUAAAACAUUUUUGGGAGCACAAGAGGACUUUGAUAAUUGACCGCUUGAGAACAAAGGAUAGUGUUGUAGCUCUAGCUGAUGGAAGGAUGGACUCCCCAGGUUACUCCGCCCAAUAUUGCACCUACACUACCAUGGAGCAUGACUCCAAGGACAUAAUUAGUGUAGUUACAGUUGACAAACGACUAACCAACCUGAACAGUGUGGUCAUGGAAAAGCAUGCCUUUAUACAGACAUUUGACCAGCUUCUUGGAGAACUAAACAUAACAGAGAUUGUCACAGAUGCACAUAUGCAGAUUUCAGCACUUUUGAACGGCGGACAAUCGAGAGGAGUUCAUGGGUAUGUGGCGAGGGGUCCUUCACCAUGUCUGUGGUGUGCAUGAAUGGGCACUUGGAAAAUGUCUACAUCAGCCACUGGAUGGGGUGAGCAGUGCUAAAGAAUGCAUGCUGUCCCGUUCAGCAGCACAUGAGGCACUCUCACAAAUCGUGCUCAACAGACGAUGGCUGAAG